CGUAAAUAUCAAAGAAAAGAACGUGCCAUCUUCUGCAAACGAAGAUCCCCGUUUUUGCCAAUAAAUUGUCUCGUUGACUGUCAUUGGCCAACGCCAUCUUCUGCAAACGAAGAUCCCCGUGUUUUCGACUCUUCACUGCGUUCCCUUCCCUCUCGUUUGCUCCAUCUCACACUAUUUACGUUUACUUUGAUUCUGAAUGCGCAAAAGCCUCUCUUUUCAUGCUUAAAUCUCGCUCUUUUCCCCUUUCAAGAUCUGCUUUCCUCUUCGUGUCGGUGAACUCUAAUUCCAUUUCUUUUCUAGGUUUCUUGAUUGCUUCUAAUCCUUCUUCACUUUGAUUCCUCCUAUGUUUUCUUCUCUCACUUAGUCUUCCAUCUCUAAUUCGAUAUUAUUCUGCAUUAAUUUGAAGCAGCAGAUCGGAUGAUUUGAGCUUCUUUACUUCUUCAUUUUCUUCUUACAUCUCAAAUCCGUUCGAGAAUGUCUCUUUAACUUGUUAGGCAGAUCUAGUCAAUUGCACAAGUGAUCACUGUAAAAGGAAUUGGAAAGCUGACAUGUCUUCUGUUCGAUUUGAUUCUACCAAGCAGCACUAUGCCACGAGCAGUCUCGUGGUGGGAUAUGCACUCUGUUCGAGCUUGCUUGCUGUGAUCAACAAGUACGCCAUUACCAAAUUCAACUACCCUGGUCUCUUAACUGCCUUACAGUACCUAACCUCUGCAUUGGGUGUCUGGGUUUUGGGAAAAUUAGGGUUUUUGCAUCACGAUCCCUUCACAUUGGAGACCGCUAAGAAGUUUCUACCUGCUGCAAUCGUGUUCUAUCUCGCGAUUUUCACUAAUACCAAUCUCUUGCGCCACGCGAAUGUGGAUACCUUUAUAGUGUUCAGAUCCUUGACACCCCUUUUAGUGGCAAUAGCCGAUGCCGUGUUCAGGAAACAACCCCUGCCGUCAAAGCUCACCUUUGCGUCCUUAGUGAUCAUUCUGGGUGGUGCUGUUGGGUAUGUUGCUACUGAUUCAGCUUUUACUUUGACAGCCUAUUCAUGGGCAUUUGCUUAUUUGAUAACGAUUACAGCAGAGAUGGUCUAUAUCAAACAUAUCGUGACAAAUGUUAGUUUGAACACAUGGGGUCUUGUGUUCUACAACAAUUUGUUGUCUUUGAUGAUUGCACCUUUGUUUUGGUUGCUAACGGGAGAGUAUUCUGAAGUGUUUGCUGCUUUGGGGUCUAAUUCUGGGAAUUGGUUUCAAAUGAGUGCUUUCUUAGCUGUGUCUUUGUCCUGUGUGUUUGGUUUGCUUAUCAGUUUCUUUGGCUUUGGAGCCAGGAAGGCGGUCUCUGCGACUGCAUUUACUGUGACUGGUGUGGUUAAUAAGUUCCUUACUGUUGUGAUCAAUGUUAUGAUUUGGGAUAAGCAUGCAACACCAUUUGGUUUGGUCUGCCUUCUCUUCACGCUUGCAGGAGGUGUUCUUUACCAGCAAUCAGUUACUAGAGGAGGAAAUGCUCCUCCACAACGGGAGUCCACUGCACAUAAGGAGACUGACAGUGAAUUUGAGGCUGAUGAUUUGGAAGAGGAUCAAGAGAAAGGCACAACUGGUAAACUUGCUUCUAUAUGAGCAAAUUUAUAUUGUAUUUCCUAUUUAUUUAGCCACAGUGAUGACUUGAUGGGGCUGAUUAGGAUGUUUCAGCCACAUUUUCACUUAGUUAUCAAACAAAAUUAUUGCUUUUUCCUGUAUGAGAUCUUCACAUAUACUACCCUUAGAAUUUGAGUUCUUAAUGCACUCUUGUUUAUAUCUUUCCAAA